AUGCACAGCGCCCGCGCGCACCACGUGACUGGACUCCUGCCCACGUGCAGUCGCUCUGUACCAAACUGUCACGCGGUUCCCAAUUCCGCGCCGCCACCCAGCCACCCAGCAUCCAUCGCACCCGCCACCCGGGCUCCACCGCGCUUUUGCUUCAUCCGCCAACUGGGCUCUGCGCAAGCUCCCAUGCCCUGUCACGUUCUCUCUUCAUCCACGCCACUCGCUCCCACUUAUCUCCGUUGGCGAUCUUGCACUUCUGACACAAUUACCCGCAGACGCGCGCAAGCUCCAUCACAUUCUCCGCACUCGGGCUCGCUGGCUCCGCUUUCGGCCUUGCUACCGAACGAUUCCGUCACCUCUGAUGCAAUGCCCUUCUCUGCGCAUCCUGCACCGUCGUUCCUAGCAACACCCAGGCUUGCUGCGGGGCCUUUUGGGCGCGCAUUGUCAACCUGGUGCACAAAGACGCUGUCAGUUGCUAUACCUGGCCCCACUGGCCAGGGCCUCGGCCUCGGAUACGAAUACCGUUCACGGUACUGGGAUUUGCCGCGCGUUCAUGCGCCGGUCCAGUCGCUCAGCCACCAUGGUCGUUUUUUUCAUCGUUUGUUGUCCAGUUGCCCCUCUCGUGAGCAGCGUGCUUACGUAGGUACAAUGGCAACGAUGAGUCCGGCUAUCGUCAACUCAACGUCGAUCCCACGGUGGCGGUGA